CAGCCGCCAUACGAGGGUUUGAUGAGUAAAAUACGCGACGGGGGGGCAUAAAGACGGAUUAAUCCUCGCUUUGUGGCGUGCUCACAGCAAACUUGUGACACUCGGGGCCAGCUGACUUGCGCUCGAGCGAUGAAGGGAGAGGCGGAAGUGAAGUCACUUGACAGACCGUCCAUGUUAUUAUUGUUAUUUUGGUAGCGCUGUGAUGAGACGGGCUGCGAGCCGUCGGUCUCCGAGACAACGUCCGUCGCCGUCACCGCAGGCCGCCCCGGACCGACGCCGCCCUCGACGCCAGAACCAGCACCAGCACCGCCUCGCCGACCCGGAGACGGGAGCCUCGCUGACGGCUGGGGGGAGGGCGUGAGGACCCAGCUCCAGCUCCAGCUCCAGCUCGGGCUCCUACGCUCCGAGCGACCAAAAAUAAAACGGCGACAAAAACAAUAAGGGCUCCGGCCGAACGGCUCGACUGGUGCCCGCGCGCGUAGGAGCGCGGACGAGCCGCCGCAGACAUGAACGGUAUCACCAAGGGCCGGUUCGAGCAGGUGUUCUCAAACAGCGAGGAAGCUCCCAUUAACAAGAAGCUCCCCAAAGAGCUGCUUCUUAGAAUAUUCUCCUAUCUGGAUGUGAUUACUCUCUGUAGAUGUGCCCAAGUAUCCAAGGCGUGGAAUGUCCUGGCCCUAGAUGGCAGCAACUGGCAGAAGAUCGACCUGUUCAACUUCCAGACCGACAUAGAGGGCAGGGUGGUGGAGAACAUUUCCAAGCGCUGCGGAGGCUUCCUCAGGCAGCUGAGCCUCAGGGGCUGCCUAAGUGUGGGAGAUGCCUCCAUGAAGACGUUCGCACAGAACUGCCGAAACAUUGAAGUGCUGAACCUGAACGGCUGCACCAAGAUCACAGACAGCACCUGCCUCAGUCUCAGCAAAUUCUGCUCCAAACUCAAACACUUAGAUCUCACCUCCUGCGUGUCCGUCAGCAACCACUCCCUCAAGGCUCUCAGUGACGGCUGCAGGAUGCUGGAGAUGCUGAAUCUGUCCUGGUGUGACCAGAUCACCCGCGACGGCAUCGAGGCUCUGGCCAGGGGCUGCGCGGGCCUCCGAGCUCUGUUCCUCCGAGGCUGCACACAGCUGGAUGAUGGAGCCCUGAAGCACCUUCAGAAACAUUGCCCGGAACUCACCACCAUCAAUAUGCAGUCUUGCACACAAAUAACAGACGACGGCCUGGUCAGCCUCUGCCGAGGAUGCCACAAGCUACAGAUCCUCUGUGUGUCCGGCUGCAGUAACAUCACGGAUGCCUCGCUCACCGCACUGGGACUCAACUGUCCCCGACUCAAGAUCCUUGAAGCUGCACGCUGCUCACAUGUUACGGAUGCUGGGUUCACUGUGCUGGCCAGGAAUUGUCAUGAGCUUGAAAAAAUGGACUUAGAAGAAUGUAUUUUGGUGACAGAUAACACCCUGGUCCAGCUGUCCAUCCACUGUCCGCGCCUGCAAGCACUGUCCCUGUCCCACUGUGAGCUGAUCACAGACGACGGGAUCAGAGCUCUGAGCAGCAGUGCCUGCGGUCAAGAGCGCCUCACCGUGGUGGAGCUGGACAACUGCCCCCUCAUCACUGACGUGACCCUGGAGCACCUGAAGAGCUGCCACCGCCUGGAGCGCAUUGAGUUAUACGACUGUCAGCAGGUCACCAGGGCCGGCAUCAAACGCAUCCGGGCCCACCUUCCAGAGAUCAAAGUCCAUGCCUACUUUGCCCCAGUGACACCCCCUCCCUCUGUACAUGGAGGUGGCCAGCGUCUGUGCCGCUGCUGCAUCAUCCUUUGACAGUGGAGGGCCAGGGGGGGCCACCUCUGUCUACAGGUCCUGCUGCUCUGAAAUGGGGUGGUGGUGGAGGGGGACUGGGAGCCAUAGGGGAGAGGAGGGGCUGGACCCACUCACUGCUCCUGAUCACUGAUCAAAACCUAGACUGAUCGCCACUGAUCCCUGAUCAGCUGAACCCGCGUCUCCUCUCUCCUCUUGCUCAUCAGCUUUGAGGCAGCCCCAGGCUUUGGCAUGAUGGGGGUUGGGGGAAAGAAGGCGGAUUGCUGGAUGAAUGGAAGGAAGGAUGGAUUCUUUUACUCUCUGUGUCUCUUUUUUUUCCUCUUAAUGUAAGGACAAAAACAGAUUCUCUGCUUCAUCCUGCUUCUUACACCCCCAACCCUCCCACCUGUGGGCACAGAGGACUGCAUCUGGACAGCUGGAACGUCUGAACAGUGGAAUCACAAAGCAUGAUGUUCAAACAAAAAAAAAAGAUGAUAUUGUCACCCAGGACAACAGUCCGCUCUCUGUGGAGUAUCAUCUCAACCAAUCACAUGACACCUCUAUGUGACCAUCCUGUGAAUCAUUCUGCUUUGACCAAUAAGCACGCAGCAUGGAGGGACGUGAGAGCUGUGUCAAAUGUGGAUCUUCUGGGUGUGAACGGCCCUGAACCGUGGGCACAGUGGGUCAAUGUGAGAGGUUGGGAAUGAGAAGUGCAGAAUGGGACAUGUUACAUAUCUGUGCAUCUUCGGAACCUCUGAGAUACCGGUUCUGUUUGUACAAAGAAUGUUUUGCAUUGGAAAAAGAAAUACACCUAUGGCAACCCACUCGAAACGGGGGUUGGGCCAACAGAAUAUUGUUGUUUUUUUUUCAGUGCUUAUAGUAAUUGUCCACGCCUGUCUUUCCGGAGAGGGAGAUAAUGCUUGUCAUUGUUUUUGAAAAGGAAAAGAAGAAACUGGACCUAUGAUUCAGACCCUUAGUGUCUUCUGUGUACUGCGAGGUAAUGUUAGCUUGUAGGCCCUGAUCCAGUCACGUCAGUAGCCCUGUGCACUAGCCGCCGCUUGAUCACUUAAGCAUUUGUUUACAUCCUGGAUUAGGUUAGCACCGCGGACGAACGUGUUUACAACAGUAGAUCUCCAGUCUCCCUACUCUUCAGCGUAGGUUUAGUAACACUGGUAAUGACUGUGGCGUACCCACUGUUUUAAAAAUGGGCUGUGAUGUCCAAUUUUCAAAUGUAUUGCUGCAUAUAUCUGGAAACCAAUCAGGGCUAACGGUGCAAGUUUGCUUUAAAAUGAAAUGGAAAUUUGCCCAAAGCUGAUAAAAUACAUACGAGAAUGUGGGCAAGUGCACCUAAACUUUGUGACAAUCACAUGGAAUUAUGUAUUUGAAAGUUAAUUUAUUAUAGUUUUGUGUAAUUGGCGGUUUACUAAUAUUGUAGUGAAUAAUGAAGUGUCUUAAUUCAAUAUACACAGCUGCACUUGUUUAACGCUCCAAGCAGCACACGAGGAGUUAUUUAGAAAUAGCGUUUGCUACAGUUCUUCUGAGAUCUGCCAGUAGAAUGCACUGAAUUAGUCAGGAACAAAUUCACACUCAUUCAAUGCUACAGAGCAUAGGUGAGAACAGGAAUGUUAAACAUAGUGGCUGAAAGCCCCAGAACCAGCUGUUCAGUCCAGACUAUUCAGACACUUCUUCAGGAUCAAACAUUAUCUUUCCAUGCAGAGUAACGCACACAGGGCAUGAAAUGCAUCCUUUGGAGCACUGAAAAUACAACAGCUUGACAAGUGACUGUGACUGUGUAGUGUUCAGUGACUGGGGAGAUUGGCAGGACUGUGACUAGGACUGAAAAGAGGAGAGAGAGAGAUAGAGAGAGAGAGAGGGCAGAAAGGUGAAGAAGGACUUGACUGGCUGUGAUACUAAUGUCCUCUCUUUGACAGAUGUUUUAACAGUUUUAUGUUUAUGAAAAUAAAGAAAUAAAUUAAAAAUAAACAAAUGAAUAAAUAAAAGUGACUAAUAGUAAAUGUA